AUGACAUUAAUCCGAUUUGGUAUUUGGACCAUUCAUUUCUACAAAAAUGUGCAGUGUUCUGUUGAUGGAGUUGUUGUAGCUAGCUUGCGUGCUAGCUAGCGUAUGCCACCCCCAAACACCAUGCAUCUGUCAACUGAAGCAGAGAAUAGAUACACUCAUACAUUGUUUACAUGUUGAGCUAUAUGUUCUCCAUUUAAAAUGAUGUCAGUAGACUAUGUAAUGAGGCAAACCAUAUACCAGAUUUUGUACAUGCCUUUUAAAGCUGCAAUAUGUAACUUUUUGGGAGACCCGACCAAAUUCACAUAGAAAUGUGCAUUAUAGAUCUGACAUUCUCAUUUGAAAGCAUUUCUUAAGAAGCGGUAGAUCUGUCCUAUGUGCACUAUUUCUAUGCUACCCAUUCUUAAGUUUUUUGUUUUUGUACACCAGCUGAAAUUACAAAAUGUUUGGUUAUUGAAAAUAUACUUCACAGUGGUUUAGAGGGUACAAUGAUUUUUACACAAUGACUGCUUGUUUUGAAACAAACUGAAAUUAGGCAAACCUAUUAGAAUUUUAUCAACCAGGAAUGUCAGAGCGAUUUCUGGUUGUAUGAAAGUAAGGAGAUGAGCAUUACAGGUAACAUUUAGAGGUUUAUUUCAUUUCAUUAAUGCUGCUCUCUCCUGUCUCUCCUGUCUCUCCUGUCUCUCCUGUCUCUUGUCUCUCCUGUCUCUUGUCUCCCGUCUCUCGUCUCCUGUCUCUCGUCUCCUGUCUCUCCUCUCUCUCCUGUCUCCUGUCUCCUGUCUCUCCUCUCUCUCCUGUCUCUCGUCUCCUGUCUCUCCUGUCUCUCGUCUCCUGUCUCUCCUCUCUCCUGUCUCUCCACUAGGCUGGGGCCAUGGCGAUGUGGAGACCAGAGAGUGUGUGUACUACAAUGAUAACUGGCGUACAGAGCGUACCAACCAGAGUGGUGUGGAGAGGUGUGAGGGGGAGAAGGAAAAGAGACUACACUGCUACUCCUCCUGGCUCAACAUCUCAGGAACCAUCAAACUGGUGAAGAAAGGCUGCUGGCUGGAUGACUUCAACUGCUAUGACAGGUACUAGACACUACUUACCAACUGCUAUGACAGGUACAAGACACUACUUACCAACUGCUAUGCCAGGUACAAGACACUACUUACCAACUGCUAUGCCAGGUACAAGACACUACUUACCAACUGCUAUGCCAGGUACAAGACACUACUUACCAACUGCUAUGACAGUUACAAGACACUACUUACCAACUGCUAUGCCAGGUCCCAGACGCUUAGUACCUUUUCCUUGUGUGUUUUGAUAAGACUCACGGGAUAGGAAGCACUGGUCCUUAUUCCACUUUGUGUAAUAACAAAAAAUGCUAUGCGCCAAUACUAUGGCAAUACAAAUCAACUAUGUAACAUCAUGAUGUUACAAUGGCCUUACUCAAAUCAUUCUAGCAGUACUGCAGACGUAUGAGAGUAACAUUGAAGUAAUAGAAUGUGUGUCUCUCGUCAGGCAGGAGUGUGUGUCCAGCGAAGUGAAUCCCCAGGUGUUCUUCUGCUGCUGUGAGGGGAACUACUGCAACGAGGGGUUCACACACCUACCUGACCUCAUCGCCGCCGGCAACAGAGGUGAGUGGACAUGACCUUUGAACCCCAUUCUUAAAACAUCGUUUUUUUAAAUUUUUUGAAUCAGAACACAAAUCAUACAGACUGGAUAUCAGGCAUCACAAUAUACCAAAAGGAAAACAUUUAGAUAUCAAUAAAGAUGUUGAUUGUGUUCCCUUCCACAGUGAACAUCUGAUUGACUGACUGAUUUUGAUUUUGACCUUCUGUGAUCUUUUCUCCUCACCAGUGAAAAUCCGUCCCCCUCCCAGAGUGCCGUCUCUGUUGAAUAUCCUGGUGUACAGUCUGCUAGCUCUGUGUGUUCUGUCUCUGACCCUGCUACUGGCUCUGUGGAUGUACCGACACCGAAAAUCACCCUACGGAGAUGUUGACCUCCAUGAGGUGAGACCACACCACUUCAACUAGUGCUGAUCUACGAUCAGGUCCCCCAUGUGACCAUAUCAUCUGAUCUAGGAUCAGGUCCCCCAUGUGACCAUAUCAUCUGAUCUAGGACCAGGUCCCCCAUGUGACCAUAUCAUCUGAUCUAGGACCAGGUCCCCCCAUGUGACCAUAUCAUCUGAUCUAGGAUCAGGUCCCCCCAUGUGACCAUAUCAUCUGAUCUAGGAUCAGGUCCCCCAUGUGACCAUAUCAUCUGAUCUAGGAUCAGGUCCCCCCAUGUGACCAUAUCAUCUGAUCUAGGAUCAGGUCCCCCCAUGUGACCAUAUCAUCUGAUCUAGGAUCAGGUCCCCCAUGUGACCAUAUCAUCUGAUCUAGGAUCAGGUCCCCCCAUGUGACCAUAUCAUCUGAUCUAGGACCAGGUCCCCCCAUGUGACCAUAUCAUCUGAUCUAGGAUCAGGUCCCCCCAUGUGACCAUAUCAUCUGAUCUAGGAUCAGGUCCCCCCAUGUGACCAUAUCAUCUGAUCUAGGAUCAGGUCCCCCCAUGUGACCAUAUCAUCUGAUCUAGGAUCAGGUCCCCCCAUGUGACCAUAUCAUCUGAUCUAGGAUCAGGUCCCCCCAUGUGACCAUAUCAUCUGAUCUAGGAUCAGGUCCCCCCAUGUGACCAUAUCAUCUGAUCUAGGAUCAGGUCCCCCCAUGUGACCAUAUCAUCUGAUCUAGGAUCAGGUCCCCCAUGUGACCAUAUCAUCUGAUCUAGGAUCAGGUCACCCAUGUGACCAUAUCAUCUGAUCUAGGAUCAAGUCCCCCUGUGACCAUAUAAUGUUAUUCAUCAUGAUCUGAAAUGCAAAUUCCUUAUUCAUUAUGAUCCUAUAUCAGAUCAAACAAGACUGUUUGAAGAAACAAAGGCUGUGUUUACACAGGAAGCCCAAUUCUGAUAUUUUGCCUAAUUAUUGGCAAAAGAUCUGAUCUGAUUGGCAAAAUAUCAGAAUUGGGCUGCCUGUGUAAACAAACACCCACACAUAAAGAAGAUCAAGGAAAGUAUCAGAGAAUUGAUGGAAUGUGAUAUGGAAUUGAUGGAAUGUGAUAUGGAAUUGAUGGAAUGUGAUAUGGAAUUGAUGGAACGUGAUAUGGAAUUGAUGGAAUAUGAUAUGGAAUGUGCUAUGGAAUGUGAUAUGGAAUUGAUGGAAUGUGAUAUGGAAUGUGAUAUGGAAUUGAUGGAAUGUGAUAUGGAAUUGAUGGAAUGUGAUAUGGAAUGUGAUAUGGAAUGUGAUAUGGAAUUGAUGGAAUGUGAUAUGGAAUUGAUGGAACGUGAUAUGGAAUUGAUGGAACGUGAUAUGGAAUUGAUGGAAUGUGAUAUGGAAUUGAUGGAAUGUGAUAUGGAAUGUGAUAUGGAAUUGAUGGAAUGUGAUAUGGAAUUGAUGGAAUGUGAUAUGGAAUUGAUGGAAUGUGAUAUGGAAUUGAUGGAAUGUGAUAUGGAAUGUGAUAUGGAAUGUGAUAUGGAAUUGAUGGAAUGUGAUAUGGAAUUGAUGGAAUGUGAUAUGGAAUUGUUCAUGAGGUUGUAGCGCUUUCUCCCCUUUCCUCUGUCUGUGUGUCAGGACCCUCGGCAAACCCCUCCCUCUCCCAUGGUGGGGCUGAAGCCUCUGCAGUUACUGGAGGUGAAAGCUAGGGGGCGCUUCGGCUGUGUGUGGAAGGCUCAGCUGAUGAGCGAAUAUGUGGCUGUAAAGGUCUUCCCUGUUCAGGUAAGACAUGCAGGGCUUAAGUCUAUGGCAGUAGCGUCAAACUCAUUUUGGCCCCAUGGGCCGCAUUCGGUCUUCAACGACGUCCAGAGGGCCGCACUGAAAAUGUGUUAUAUUUCCUUGGUAAAUCUUCUAUGACUGUCUAGUGGUUAUUAGAGAGCCGGACAGUCAAACUGUAUGAGUGUAUUGUAGGUCCAUUGUCAUUUCUACACAGUUUUCCAUUUGGUAAAACUGAUUUCUGCGGGGAGUGGACAUCGAUUCUAGAGGGCUGAACAUGUUCUUUACUCAAACCACCCGCGGGCCGUAUGCCUGACACCCCUGGUCUAUGGGAUAUUAACAUUCAGCCCUGGGUGAAUACAGGUGAUGGCAGAAAAUGAUUCCCCGCUGAACCCGGUUCUCUCUUGAGGUUUCUUCCUUCAUGGGAGUUUUCCUUUUCCACCGUGCUUCCGCUUUGUGGCUCUAGGCCGGGUUACCGGACACUACUGGUGGAAAUAGAGCUUCAUAAAUAUAUUGUGAUUUGAUUAAAAAUAAAUAUGGGUGUGUUGCUGUAUAUUUCUAUUAUAACGCACGGUUGUAUGGGUGUGCAGGACAAGCAGUCAUGGCAGAAUGAGAGGGAUAUCUUCCUGACUCCUGGUAUGAGACACGAGAACCUGCUUCGUUACAUCGCUGCAGAGAAACAUGGCAGCAACAUGGAGACUGAGCUCUGGCUCAUCGUGGAGUUCCACGAACGGGUGAGAAAUACAUCCGAUCAAUUAAUAAUCAAAUGAAUCUAUUCGUUUAUAGAAGGGCAUGUUGUCUUCAUGUUUUGGUCUCUUCCAGUUUGUCAUGUAAGCCAUAGUCAAAAGCCCCUUUAUCCAAGUCUGUGUGUGUCCAGGGUUCGUUGACUGACCAUCUGAAGGGCAGUACGGUGACCUGGUCUGAAAUGUGUCAUAUUGCUGAGACCAUGUCCCGUGGUCUGGCUUACCUCCAUGAAGACACACCCAUCAAGGCAGAAGGUUCCAAACCCACCAUCGCACACAGGUAACAUCGGGUGUUCUCAAAGUCAAUAACUUACCUGAUUUUAGAUAAACAUGGUCAUCUAUAAAGCCUACAGGUUAUAUAUAAACUGUGUUUCCCAGGGACUUCAAGAGUAAGAACGUGAUGUUGAGAGAUGAUCUGACAGCCAUCAUCGGUGACUUUGGUCUGGCGGUCCGGUUUGAGCCGGGGAAACCUCCAGGAGACACCCACGGACAGGUAGUUUAACACACACACACACACACACACACACACACACACACACACACACACACACACACAGGUCUUACGCUUACUCACUAGCCCUCUCUCUCUCUCUCUCUCUCUCUCUCUCUCUCUCUCUCUCUCUCUCUCUCUCUCUCUGUCUCUCUGUCUCUCUGUCUCUCUGUCUCUCCCUCUGUCUCUCCCCCUCUCUCUCUCGCUCUCUCCCCCUUCUCCCUCUCUCUCUCCCUCCUCCAGGUGGGUACGUGGCGAUACAUGGCCCCUGAGGUUCUAGAGGGGGCUAUAAACUUCCAGAGAGACUCCUUCCUGAGGAUAGAUAUGUACGCUAUGGGGCUGGUGCUUUGGGAACUGGUGUCACGAUGCAUCGCCACAGACGGUGAGAAUCACUGCUGUGUGUGUGUGACGGGUAGGAUGCUCAGGAUCCCCCCUGUUACAAACACGUUUCUAUAGCUCUUUGUCAAGUGCUAGACCACACCCCCUCCGUCUCUGUUUGAUAUCUAAUAUAUAUUUUAAUAUGUGCCAUAUGUCUCUGUCUCAGGUGCCGUAGGGGAGUACAUGCUUCCGUUUGAGGAGGAGAUUGGCCAGCACACGUCUCUAGGGGACCUUCAGGAUGUGGUGGUUCACAAGAAGAUGAGACCGGUCUUCAAGGACACCUGGCUCAAACACCCUGUCAGUAACACUGGGAUAAAAUACUGGGGUAGUACACUGGGAUAAAAUACUGGGGUAGUACACUGGGAUAAAAUACUGGGGUAGUACACCUCCAGUACCCCCCAACACCCUGGUCCUCCAGUACCCCCUGGUCCUCCAGUACCCCCCCCCCCAACACCUUGGUCCUCCAGUAACCCCCCCCCCCCCCCCCACCACCUUGGUCCUCCAGUACCCCCCCCCACCACCCUGGUCCUCCAGUACCCCUGGUCCUCCAGUUACCCACCCCAACACCUUGGUCCUCCAGUUACCCCCCCCCCCCCCCCCCCCCCACCACCCUGGUCCUCCAGUACCCCCCUGGUCCUCCAGUACCCCACCCCCCCCCCCCCCCCCCACCACCCUGGUCCUCCAGUACCCCUCAACACCUGGUCCUCCAGUACCCCCCCCCACACCCUGGUCCUCCAGUACCCCCUGGUCCUCCAGUACCCCCCCCCACACCCUGGUCCUCCAGUACCCCCGGUCCUCCAGUACCCCCCACCAGCACCUUGGUCCUCCAGUACCCCCCCCCCCACACCCUGGUCCUCCAGUACCCCCCACCACCCUGGUCCUCCAGUACCCCCCCCCCACACCCUGGUCCUCCAGUACCCCCAGCACCUUGGUCCUCCAGUACCCCCCCCCACACACCUGGUCCUCCAGUACCCCCACCACCUGGUCCUCCAGUACCCCCCCCCCCCCCCCCCCCCCCCACCCCCCCCCCCCCCCCCCCCCCCCACACCCUGGUCCUCCAGUACCCCCCCCCCCCACCCUGGUCCUCCAGUACCCCCCACACCCUGGUCCUCCAGUACCCCCCCCCCCCCCCCCACCAGCACUCAUUUUAGUGUAGUCCCUCCAUAAACUCACCUGAUUCAACUCAUUGAGAGCUUGAUGUUUAGUUGACCAGUUGAAUCAGGUGUGUUUUAUAUUCAACUCUUUGGGGACUUCAAAAAAAUCGUAUGAUCCUUUGUGCUGUAUUUCCUGUAACCUCCUGGUUUCUUGCUGCGUGUGUGUCGGUGCUACAGGGUCUAUCUCAGCUGUGUGAGACCAUAGAGGAGUGUUGGGACCAUGACGCCGAGGCUCGUCUCUCCGCCGGCUGUGUCGAGGAACGCAUCUCCCAGAUCACCAGGACAACCGUCAGCACUACCUCAGACUGCCCAGUCUCCAUAGUAACGUCAGUAACCGACGACGACGACCUACCUCCCAAAGAAUCCAGCGCCUGA